CGCAAUACGCACGACAAAAUCAACGCAAAAAUCAUUUCUGAAGGUGUUCACUUCCUUCCUAGGUGAGCCUCUCGCGAGCAACCGCAUAAGAUGUCCGACAUUCAAGGCUUGAUAAAACUGGCCAGCUUGAUGGCCCUGUCUGACAGCGACGAUGAGGACGAGAAUGUAUUAGGAUCAAAUUUAAUGACGCCCUUCCAUUUGAUUUCCGCUAUAGACCGGAUGCAUCGUCAAAGAAAUUCAACUGAUCAUCGCACGACUGCCAGAUCCGAAGGGUCGUAUAAUGCGAGCGAACGGGGUUGCUGUAAUUGCCGCCACUCGAACGCUGGCAACAGCUCCCACCGCCCUUCCAACCGCCAGCCCUCUAUACAGUAUGUACUGUCACCGAAUUCGACCGAUCGCCGUAUUAUGAUACCGUCAAACAAUGCGAUCCAACUGAUCAGCAGUGAUGGCAGAAUCGUCAACAACAGCCCACAAGGAAUAAUAUUCGAAGAGGAGCGCUUCUAUUCAUCAUGGCAGGAUCGCCAAUGUGAUAUCCCAUCGAAAACACCGGAACUACAGUAA